UCAAUCCUCUUUUAAAUCUUUACCUUUAACAACUAAUAAAACAAAGACAAAAUGCCAGGUGUUUCCGUUAGAGACGUUCCAGCUCAAGAUUUUAUCAAUGCUUACGCUCAAUUUUUACAAAGACAAGGUAAAUUAGAAGUCCCAGGUUACGUUGAUCUUGUUAAGACUUCUGCUGGUAAUGAAUUACCACCUCAAGAAGCUGAAACUUGGUUUUACAAAAGAGCCGCUUCUGUUGCCAGACACAUCUACUUAAGAAAACAAGUUGGUGUUGGUGCUUUAAACAAAUUAUACGGUGGUGCCAUUAACAGAGGUUUCAGACCUCACAGACACGCUGAUGCUUCUGGUUCUAUCAACAGAAAAGUUGUUCAAUCUUUACAAAAGAUUGGUGUUUUAGAAAUCUCUCCAAAAGGUGGUAGAAGAAUCUCUGAAAAUGGUCAAAGAGAUUUAGAUCGUAUUGCUGCUCAAACUUUAGAAGAUGACGAAUAAAUUAUUUAAUUUAAAAUAAAAUUUCAUAUAUAUAAUUCAUACACAAACCUAUCCCUAAUACACAUUGUUGCUUAGGCAU